AUGAGCACCGAACCUCGCUGGGCCGCCUUUGCGCGGGACACGAACGAGACCAAGAUCCAGCUCGCCCUCAACCUCGACGGCGGCGCGUUCCCUCCCAACACCGAUGCCCGGCUUAAUGUGGGGAGCAAUAGCGAUUCCGAGACUGCCCACGCGACACAGGCGAGUAAGUCACAAACGAUCAGCAUAAACACGGGCAUUGGCUUCCUGGACCACAUGCUCCACGCCCUGUCGAAGCACGCCGGAUGGAGUCUUGCUCUAGCCUGCCAGGGGGACUUGCACAUCGACGACCACCACACCUCAGAGGACGUGUGCAUCGCACUGGGCUACGCGUUCGCGCAGGCGCUGGGGACGCCGACGGGGCUGGCGCGGUUCGGGUCGGCGUACGCGCCGCUGGACGAGGCGCUCAGCCGGGCCGUGGUGGACCUGUCGAACCGGCCGUUCAGCGUGGUGGACCUGGGGCUGCGGCGCGAGAAGAUUGGCGACCUCAGCACCGAGAUGAUCCCGCACUGCCUGCAGAGCUUCGCGCAGGCAGCGCGCGUCACCCUGCACGUCGACUGCCUCCGCGGCGACAACGACCACCACCGCGCCGAGAGCGCCUUCAAGGCCCUCGCCGUCGCUAUCCGCCAGGCCACCACCCGCGUCGCCGGCCGCGAGGGCGAGGUGCCCAGCACGAAGGGGACCUUGAGCGUAUGA